GGAAUAAAUGACGUUUGAAACGGAAUCUUUUCGGUUUGUGCUCACGGAAGUGUAUGCGUGUGGAGCCGGGAGGCGUGGCUUAUCAAAGUGAAAGUAAUUUGCUGUGCGUUUGGUUCAUGUUUUUCUCGCGUUUCGUUUAAUUCCUUUUAACCUGAAACAACUCUAUAGAAUCUACUUUCAUCUGGAUAAUGUCUACGGAAACAGAAAAAAAUAAGGAACAGUCUAAGUCAAAAACAGAACUUAAUGCAAUGGGAGUAAUGAAGUUGAAAGUUAAAUACUUUGAAGUUGUUCCUGAAACGGUAAGCCUGCCUUCUAAUCAGUUUACAGCAAAACUUCAAAAAGAAAGAAAAUCUAUGGAGAAGUCUACAAAGGAGGACUGUAAAGUGGUUCUGUUUUAUUUACCCAUUGUUUCACGAGCUGGAAAUGAUAUUGAAGCUGCACUGCAAAAACUCAACGACUUUGAGGACAAGUACAUCGCACUAGUGGUGCUCCAUCACACAUACGACCCAGAGAUGACUGUACCAGACAGCAGCAGAGCUGUGAUCAGAGAAAACAUUAUCACUGUUGACUGUCUGUUCUAUGAGGAUAAAGGGCUGCUGCAGUGCCGUAAGAAUGAUGAAGCUGUAAAGAAGGUUGCAGCCUGGCUCAAGAUUGUGAAACACCUAAAACAGGAGAAGUCUGAGAACAAAAAAAAUAAGGAACAGUCUAAGUCAAACACAGAACUUAAUGGAUUGGAAAAAAUUAACUUGAAAGUUAAAUACUUUGAAGUUGUUCCUGAAACGGUAAGCCUGCCUUCUAAUCAGUUUACAGCAAAACUUAAAAAAGAAAGAAAAUCUAUGAAGAAGUCUACAAAGGAGGACUGUAAAGCGGUUCUGUUUUAUUUACCCAUUGUUUCACGAGCUGGAACUGAUAUCGAAGCUGCACUGCAAAAUCUCAACGACUUUGAGGACAAGUACAUAGCAAUAGUGAUGCUCCAUCACACAUACAACCCAGAGAUCACUGUACCAGACAGCAGCAGAGCUGUGAUCAGAGAAAACAUUAUCACUGUUGACUGUCUGUUCCAUGAGGAUAAAGGGCUGCUGCAGUGCCGUAAGAAUGAUGAAGCUGUAAAGAAGGUUGCAGCCUGGCUCAAGAUUGUGAAACACCUAAAACAGGAAAAGUCUGAGAAAAAACAAAAUGGAGAAAGUAAAGCUGAACAAAAAGAAGAAGACCAAACAAAAAAAGAAAGGGAAGAAGUGGAGAAGAGACAGAUAUGAAAAUAAAGAAGGAACAGCGGGACAGAUGAACAAGGCUAUUCAAGGGAGGGGCGGCUCCGGAAACAGAAAAGCUUUGUGCUGUAUGGAAUAUAGAAUUAGUAAAGAUAUCAUGUAUAUUUUGAUUCCUGCAUAUAGCGUAGACAUUCACGGAUGUUCUCUGUACUUUGGACGCAGUAUCCUGCGAUGAUUCUCAUGUUAUUGAUGUCUUUUGUUAAUAUGGAGAGAGCAUUUCAUCAUAAUUUGACUUUUUUUUUUAAAGAACCUGUUGAAUUUGAGCAGUCUUGAUAGUUUUGAAUUUCAUCUGUUUCAAUGCUGAUGCAUGAAACAACCAAAUCGUUGAGACUUACUUAAUUUCAAAAAUAUUUAAACAUAGUGAAUGAAUUAAACAGCUGUGUCUUAUUGGUGUUUAUACCUUUGACCUUUGCGCUGUUGAAUUCCUGGAGCUGUUUGGUCAAAAUGUUUAUUUUCUCUAACAGUCUGCAUUUAUUUUUGUCUUAUUAACUGAGAGAGAGAGAGAGAGAGAGAGAGAGAGAGAGAGAGAGAGAGAGAGAGAGAGAGAGAGAAAAGCUGGUAAGGGAAUAACAAUGUUUAAAGCUGAUGUCAGUGAUAACAGGAACUUGUUUUUGAGAUGUUAUACAAUAUUAUAUGUAACUAAAUAAUGGAUAAAAAAUGCCAAAAACAAACAAACAAACAAAAAAACCCUUUAUAUAUUGAAAAAUGUUAUUGGAAAAUGAUCAAGUUCAGGUUGGUAAUAUACAGCAUACACCACCCUGAAGUUGAUUAUUUUUACUAUAUUUUAUUACUAUAUUUGAUUAUUUUUACUAUGUUUUAUUUCUUAGGUAUCCAAUCAGUAAGCACUGAGAAUUUAUUCAGUGACCUCUAUGAUCAAAUUCCAAUGUGUGGAAACACAUACGCAAAUAAUGUUUGUGUUUUAAUGAGUAGUUGGAUGUGGAACCUUAAAUCUGUCGGUCUGAUAACCAGUAUUGAAUAAAUAUUAAUAAACAUGUACUGAAA